ACCAGAGACAGAAAAACUGUUUUAAGCAAGUAAAGAUGUUUUAAGUCAAGUAAUCUGGGCUUGACAGAAAUCUGCUAUUCCAAAGUGACCUAUGUUUUACAAGAACAUCUCCUCGAGUAAGUAGGCUCAGCCUUCCUCAGAUCAAAGACUGGUCCUUUUUCUCUUUGUGUUUGUACCUGACCUAGGACAUGGAGGCAUGUGGCAACCAGGGCCAGAGCUCCAGGGUACAACAUAUACUGUAACUAAUUUGCCUUAGAAAGAAUUGACAGGAAGGUGAAGGCACAUGGAGAAAAAACUUGGACCACAUUAAAAAACAAAAAAAUUCUUCAUGGAAGGGAUAAAACCUAACACACUGUUGAUGAAAAAAACAAAGAACAAACAAAAACAAUACCCCUAAAGACUUUAAUAACUAUGAUCAAAACUCUUUGGACCUGGCAAGAAAUCAAGGUAUUAGAAGAACUCAGGACAUUUUAAGUGCAAGAAUUCUUACAUUUAAGUAAAGACUAGCAGCAUAAUGGACUUAUUUUAAGUCUGUUCCAGCUGACAUUAGAGGUGUAGCAUUAAAUGAAGCAGCCAGCUUGUUAUGACCACUUAUGAAAAUGUGACAAAUGCUCUUCCAUCAGGACUUUACACUACUUGGGCUGUUGCAAUGAUUCAAAGUCUCCCUUGGUGUCUGUAAUGAGGUGCACCUUGAGGAUAAAAAAAUGUAGAGCGGAUAUGCUGAGCUGAAACUUCCUACACACACAGGUUGUGCAAACAUGAAUUUGCAUCUCUGAAACGAGAUAUCCGUCUGUGACAACAGGACAAUAUCUGCCACUAGUGGGAGGCCUGUGGAAUAAGUCUACAGGGGAACACGCCCUGGAAAGUGCUCUUUCAACACGGAAAGUGCCUUAGAAAUCCCUUCAGGUUCUUCCUCUCAUUUCUCUUUGGCAAAGCACAGUGAGUGAGCAUGAGUCACUACAAGUAUUAACCAUUUCAGAUGAGAUUUCUUUGACGUAUAUAUCACUUCCCUUUUGUUAAUUAACUGGAGAUUUUAAAGUAUGCCAUCCAAGAAAGACUAAAGCACAGGUAUUUAACUGGAUUGUAUGCCAUUGUUACAAAAACUACAAAUAAGAUGUUAAAGUCACUAGGCCAAAUCAUCAAGUAGCAAACUUGGAGAUAGGGGAGAUGUUUUGGUGCUGGAAUAAGCAUCCUACAUACAUCUAUUUCUAACUGUAGUUGGAAAUUCUAAAGAUGAAGCUUAAUAGUCUUUUAUAUUCUUCCUCAUCUCCUAAAAGCAAUGCUUUUUUGCUCAUUUUUGUUACCAUAUGUCACUUUUUUCUCACCAGAAUCAUCUUUCCCCAUUUCAUUGAGAAACAAAAAACUGCUGUUCUUCCUUUAAAUCCUGAUGGCUUCUAUGCCAUUAGAAGAGCUGACAGACAGUGUAGGGGACAGAGGGACACCAGAGCCCAGUGCACUCAGCCACAGUCAGCACUUGCACAAAAGUCAGCUGCAAACUUAUAGCUGUGACCUCAUAAUAUUUUAUUAGAAAGGAAAAUCCUCAGAGAAUUCCACUGACAAAGGAGUGGUUCCUGUCCUCCAUUGAUGAACCAGAAGAAAAAUAUAAGGAAAACUAAAAGACCUGCUUAAAGUAUCACCUGUUCUUCUGUAGGGGUUCCUGUUCUGCUGUCAUUAAAUGCAACAGGAAGGUUUUUUCCACCUUCCAUCACCUCACUGCUUUGCAUGCCUCAGUUGGGAGAGCAGAGUGUGCUUUGUGCCAGUAACAGUGAGAAAGCAAAAGCUUGUCCUCAGAGAGUGGAAAACACCUUUAUUUGCCAACAUCCCAAGAUCUGUGAGAGAUUUUUGCAAGAGGCACAGAGCAAACCAGAGAGCUGCAAUGUAGGGCACUGCCAUGCAAAUAAAGAUACCUGUAAAGCCUUGGCAAUGCUUCCAAAGGGACACCCACUGUAGCUGGAUGUUCCUUGCCCAGCCUCUUACAACUACAUCAGUGAUCUCUCACCUACAGUGAAUUCAGCAACUAACCUGUAGCCAAAAGGAGACAAACCAGCCAGUGACCUAUAUUGCAGAAAGGUAAUGCAACCUAACUUUCCCUGGCCAAUAAAAGGAGAUUAAGAGGGUAAAUCCCUUCCAACCAGCACUUGCUCAGACUUCAUUGUUUACAAAAGGGACAUAAAGUAGGCUCAACCAGUCUUUAUAAACUCAUCACAGGACUUCUAUGUGCUCCAAACCUUGUUGGUAGCACAUUAUAACAAGAGGUCCAGGUCUUGUUUGUGCCCAAGUGUGCCAACACAAAAAUGCUGCCUGUAAGAAAAAAUAAUUAGACCGUCUCAAAAUGUCUCAAGGUGAUGAUUAAUGGCACAGCUGUUUGUUCGUGCUGCUGUUUGUCCUGCACUGCUACCAGCAGCCACUACCCUGGCAUGGUGCCAGUGCCAAUGGGCACUCCAGUGACAAGAGUUAAGAAGAGUGAAUAGAUAAAAAGGGUAGGCAUUAUCCUUAGGUAAGGUACAGCAUAGUAUAAAAUAGCCUUACAGCAUUACUUUUUAGUAAGGAAGCAGCUGUAAGUGUACAUUUAAACCAAGUACCUGAAACAUUAGUUUGGCAUUUCCUAACCUACCCCUUGGAGUAAUGCCCUUAGUACCUUCUAUCUAAAUAUCCCAAAGUAGACUUCGCACAUUCACUUCUGUGUCUCAGAUGAAAAGCACCUGAACCCAGGAUGUGAAUGUGUUGCCACUUUAGGAACCCAGGGCAAGAUUCAGCUGAGAAGCAAGUCAUGGAAACUCUCACCCACACACUGUGGGAUUCAGGGCCAGGCUGCAGGGAGCAGCUCAUUCCCAAAGUGAGCACGUAGUACAUGAGAAAAGAUAAAGAUCUGCUGAUCUGUAAGACAGAAAGUGAAUUUGUCCUGUCAAUACUCCUGGGCCUGAGAAAUCUAACAAAAAUACACUUUAUUAUUUAUAACUGCCAUCAGAACUUUUCUGUGCAUGGGCUGUAUUUGGCCACAAAUGGAGAAAAAUCUUCAGUAUUAGCCACAGAAAAUUUUCUUUAUACCACUUCCUUUAGAGAGCAAAAUACACAUUCUUCAAAUAGAAUAAGCCAUCAGUUUGAUUUGAAGAAGCCUCUUUGUCUGAGUUGGGCAGGUGUCAAGAAGCCGAUGUGAUGUGUGAGCUGACAGUCAGUGCCCAGCCAGACAGAGACACCUCAUGCUGCCAACAUGAGCCUUUCAGCCUUGGUGCCGUCCUGUGAAGCACCAGAGAUAAUAUCAGGAUUGAGUCCAAGGGGCAGCAGAGGCAGGAGACAGUAUCAGGAUGACAAAGGUUUUCAGUCUUGUUCUUUUAAUGACUUUCUUCCCCUCCCUGAAUUUUUCUAUCUCCUUGAUUCAUUAAAGACCAUAUUAUAUUAACUCUUCAGGAUACUCUACUACCAUAACACUCACCUUUGCUCCACUCUUACAGAAUCUCCCCUUUCCCAAGUGAACAGAAUUGGGAUGUCAGCUAGAAACAGAUCACCCAGCCCACCCUCCAAGAACAACAAUUCUGCAUCUGUCUACUUUUGGUGAAAAGAGUGUAGUUCCCUUCAAAUCCAAUAGCUAAGCUCUGCUGCAGGCAGCUUAUGGCAUAGGGCUCAAGUUGACCAAAAACUUGCAUAAACUCAUCACAAUUUUACACUUGGCAUUCAGAAGUGAAUCAGUGAAAAAGCAUGGAAUUUUAACUACAAACAAGAUGGGUUGAAGACUAUGAGAAAGAAGAGAUAAUAAAGGAGGAUCUGAAAGCAGGGAAACCAAACAUCAAUGCCUGGAAGUUACUUAAAUCAUUCUUUCUCAUUAUUGCAUUACAGGAAAACCAGAGUUUUGCAGUUUUUCUCAGUGUCAAGAAAUUUGAGUUGGAUUCUUCAGUAAGUCAAUGCAAACCUCAAGUAACGCUGUUUGCCUCAGGAGUUCUCUGUAUUUCAGCAAGAGUUCAUGAGAAUAAAACCAAACGCAGGUAGACUCAGUGUUCUCUCAGAGGAGCUGUCACCUCCUGUAGCUACAGGGUCAAUGGAACAGGAAGAACCAAGAUAGCUCUGGAAUCAGUGUCAGCAGUGACUGAUGGCUGGGAAAGAGCCCAAAGGAAUGAUUACAUUCCUUCCAUGCGUUAGUUUCACACACACUGCAGAUGCUGCCAGCAUGUGAGGAGUGCCUGAUGAGUCACAUGGGUCAGCUGGAGAUAGUCCUGUGAGGAGCAGGGAGUGGAACAUGAUGAUCCCUAUGGCUCCCUCCCAGCUCUAGGUGUUUUAUGACUUCAGAAGUGCACAGCACUUUCCCAGGCAGGAGGAGAUGGUUUCGUGGACAAAGUCCAACAAACAGGUUGUAAAGGCAAGAGGCAGGGACGGCCCCUCUAACAUCACUAAUUCUGUAAUAUUGGAUUGUAGAGAGGCAGAAAGCAAAGGCUGCAAAAUCUGGCCAAGAGUGAAGACACAGGUGGCUGAUCUGAGACACUUCUCUGACCCAGCAAGGAAUUCAUACCUUUUUCAUAUUCAUGUACAUGUCUAUAAAGUUACAGUUCCAUUUUACUGUGUGUGAACCAAGAUGCUGCCUUCCUCUGGUUGGAUAAUUCACUGUUAUUUACAAAUAUUCACACAUUUUCCUACUGUAUCAGUCAUAUUCCUAAAUGAUUAUUACAUCACUCAUUCCAGACCUACAUGCUGUGAGACCAGGGUGGGAGUGGAUCUAAAUUUGUGUAACUACUUUUUGUGAAAAUCUGUACAUUUCACAGAGUAUACUCUGCUGUUAUGAGUCCCACAGAUCUUCUGAAGCUGGCUAUAGGGCAGCUAUCCCCAUCUUCUGCAGCACUGUAAGAACCUGUCAAAGCAAAAAAAAUCUGACAAAUUUGCCAGCAAAUAAGUCAAGAGGAAGAAGAGCAGGCUGUUUUACUUUUUACCUUUUAAAUUUUUCAGCAUACUUUAAAACCCCAUUUGAGUGGUGUGGAUACCUUCCAAUCUUACAGCAGUGGUAUUUGCUCACCCUCACCUCUGCAACUACCCACACACAGCUACUGCUCCCUCUUUAAUAUAGGACAGUUUGAGGCACAGAUGGCUCCCAAGCCACAUAUCCUGUCAAAUAGACCCAAAAUCUUUGGGAAAAGAACUUCCUCUAUUGAUUUUGUGCCAGUCAGGCACUAAACUGUAGUCUGGGGCUUGAUUCACUGCUGCCUUGGGGCAAAGACAGGCCAGGAUUAUCUGGCUGUUCCUUUAAGGGUGCUGAAAGAAAGCCAGCUGGAGGCCUUUCCAAAGGAGGUGUCAGAGCAAGCUGUAACACCAGAAGAACAGGAAAAGCACAAAACCCAAACAGAGUCCAGUAGCUGCAAUACACACAGGACAGCCAGAAGUGAGACUGGGAGUACUAAAAGGAGGCUUUUCCCUUGGAAGUAAGAAAGGAAGAGCUCCAGCACAGAAGCUUUGCUGCAGAGGCCAUGAGCUGCUGGAAGCAAGAGAAAACCAACACCUGGGCUUUUCCCACCCUGAUCCUCUGCCUCUAUGGAUUCUUCUACAUGAUGAAACCAUCAGAACCUUUCCUAACACCCUAUCUAACAGGACCAGAUAAAAACCUGACCAUAGAUGAGGUUACCAACCAGAUUCUGCCAGUCUGGACAUACUCCUACCUCGCUCUCCUUUUCCCAGUGUUCCUGCUCACAGACUACGUGCGCUACAAGCCCGUCCUCCUCCUGCAGGGCAUCAGCCUCAUCGUCACGUGGCUCCUGCUGCUCUUUGCACAUGGAGUGCUGGCCAUGCAGCUGGUGGAAUUCUUCUAUGGCAUGGUCACAGCCACCGAGGUGGCCUAUUACGCCUACAUCUACAGCGUGGUCAGCACCCAACACUACCAGAGGGUCACCAGCUACUGCAGGAGUGUCACUCUGGUGGCGGCCACCGUGGCCGCCGUGCUGGGACAGCUGCUGGUGUCCCUAGCAGGCGUGUCCUACUUCCACCUCAACGCCAUCACCCUGGCUUCCGUGUCCCUGGCGUUCCUGUGCGCCUUCUUCCUGCCCAUGCCCCAGAGGAGCAUGUUCUUCCACAGGAAAGACGCCCCCGAGCCUGUGCCAGGGCCUGCCAAGGGGCUGCCUGUGAGUGCUGCCCGCAGGCCCUCCAGCUGCCAAGAGGAAAGGAGCCCUGAUCCUGCUGCCAGGGCCGCGGGCCCCCAGCCCCAGGCUGGCAAUGCCGGGCCCCUGCGGCACAUGCUGAGCGUGCUGCUGCAGCUGGGCAGGGACCUGAGGCAUUGCUACGGCUCCCGCCAGCUCCUCUACUGGUCCCUGUGGUGGGCUCUGGCCACGGCCGGCUUCAACCAGGUGCUGAAUUAUGUCCAGGUGCUGUGGGACUUCCGGGCCCCCUCGCACAGCUCCGCAGUGUACAACGGAGCUGUCGAAGCAAUAGCAACGUUUCUGAGCUCAGUAACAUCUUUCCUAGUACAAUAUGUGAAGAUUAACUGGGACCAUUUUGGAGAACUGGCUUUAGGGAUCUUCUCUGCAAUAGAUGCUGGUUGUCUGUUUCUCAUGCACUUCUCUACCAGCAUCUGGGCAUGUUAUGCUGGAUAUCUCAUUUUCAAGGCAUGCUAUGUGCUCCUCCUGACAAUAGCAACGUUCCAGAUCGCCGUCAAUCUGAGCAUGGAGCGCUAUGCCCUGAUGUUUGGAUUCAACAACUUCAUUGCCCUGCUGAUCCAGACCAUUCUCACAAUAGUUGUUGUAGAUUCAAGAGGACUGGGACUGGACAUAGUUACUCAAUUUUUAAUUUAUGGCAGCUACUUCGCAGUCAUACAUGGGAUUUUCAUGAUCAGAAGCAUUUGUGUGCUGGUCUCAUGCAAAUGCCAAAGGAAAAUAGUGAGAUCUUGCACAGAGCAGCUGAACCAGGCUGAGCACGAGUCAAGAGAGCAGAUUGUCACAAGCUACAUGACACGGCUGUAGGAGGCAGGCAGGCUGGAGAAGGGCUUCUCCUGGGAGAAGGGCUCCCAGCAGGGAAGAAGAGCAGCAUGCAGGGAACAGCAGUGCAAGAAGAACAUUCAACUCAGCCCUGAAAAGCUACGCUGAAUCAUUCCAGCACUUCAGCACAACAUAUGCCAGCAGAGAGCUCACCAGAAUGGCACUGUGCCAAGAAUAAAGGAUAAGUUGCUUUAGAUUCUUAUUUACAUGCAUAUAAAUAGCUUAAGGGCAGUAAUUUAUACACAGAAUCAAAGCAACCACCUUUGCAUCCCCCCGUGCACGAUGGCAGAGAGCAGAGUUCACUCUGCCUUGCUCAUUGUAGCUCCUGAAUGUGGUGCUGGCAAAGCUGCUUCUGUCACAUUUGCUGAUGCAGUGGCUGAGGGUGUGACUCCCCUUUGCACAGCCCUUGUUCUGAACCAAGGAAGAAAAGAUCACAUUUGCAUCAUUCUAUUCUUUCAUAUCCAGUACAGGCAGAUGGGGGACAGGCUCCUCCUGUCUCAUCCCACAGCUCAGUGCACACAGGCUGCAAAAAGCUGGGCUUGCACAACCUGUCCUGGGAGCUUCACUGCAACACUGCUACAUCACAGUUCUUGCUUGGCCCACAUUUGAGAGCUACAAACACUGUGCUGACUUCACAGCAACCUCUGCCGAGAAGGGAAUAACUUCAGAGUCCAAGCAAAAGGCAAGAGCACCACUCCUUUGCUUGUGCUUCCAGUAAAAUUAAAUUCAGGACUAACUGUCUUCCUUUUUCAGCAGGAAAAGAAAUAGCAUGAAGGGGCUUAUGUAGCACAGACUAAAGCCAGAGAAGGACAUUGUGGAGAAAUUUAGCUGAUUCCACAGAGGAAAAUUCCAGAUUAAAAGGAAUAUCCAAGAAGAUUUAUAACUGAAACAAACAGCAAGCAUCAUGUGUGCUUUUGAGUGCCAAGUGAGGGAGGUCCACUGAUCUUGGCCAAGAAUUUGGCAGGAUCAGCCAAACUCAGUUUGUCAAGAAACUCCAAGUCCUACAGCUAAUUUUGUCCAAAAGACAGUCCAGGAGAAGAAAAGAGACUAGAAAUGAGUUUGCAUAGUGAAUGUCUAAUUUAAUAUGAACUAUAUCCAUAUGCUGAAGUUAUUUCCGUACCGCUGUUUGCUUCUAGCUUCCAAUAUCUACAUCUAACUAAUAAAAACUACAUAGCA